GGGAUGUUGUCAUUGAUAAGAACUUGCAAAAAAGUCGAAACGAUUGUGUGAUGCAAGGAUCAUCGUGCAUUUCUUCAAAUGGUUAAUUAAAUAAUUACGUGGUCCAGUCAAUUCGAGCAUUUAUCACUAGUCAUUCAUUCAGUUUACAUUACCAACUUCAAUCAAGAUGUUUCUAAUUUCGUUGUUCGGUCAAGUAUUCUACAUAUUUCUCAUCGUUUUUGUAUUUCUAUCAACAUUAGUGAUCAUAACUCUGCCUACAGUUCUGUAUUCGUCGAGAAGACGUUUCAAAGCCUCAAAAAGUCGUCGUAAAACAUUCGACGUAGCAUUUUUCCAUCCUUACUGCAAUGCCGGAGGUGGAGGCGAACGAGUCCUGUGGCACGCCAUAGAAGCCACAAUUCAUAAAUAUCCAUCUGUCAAAAUCCACUUAUACACCGGAGACACGAACGCCUCGCCGAAGGAAAUAUUACAAAAAGUUGACAAACGAUUCGGCAUCAAACUUCCAGAAAGCAUUAACUUCCUGUAUUUGCACAAGAGAGGCUGGAUAGAAGCCUCCAAGUAUCCUCAUUUCACAUUACUUGGACAGAGUUUAGGAUCAAUUGUGUUAGCUUUCGAAGCAUUGGAUCUCUUUGUACCUGAUGUAUGUAUCGAUACGAUGGGUUGUGCGUUCGUUUACCCUGUGUUUUCGUAUUUGGCAGGAUGUAAAGUUGUAUCGUAUACUCAUUAUCCUACAAUUACCUCGGAAAUGAUGCAUAAAGUUGUGAGUCGCAGCGGUGCUCAUAAUAAUCGCGAUUACAUAGCAAGAAGUCCAAUUCUCACAGCUGCCAAGUUGAACUACUACAGGAUUUUCGCCCUGCUGUACAGAUUCGCUGGUAAAUUCGCGGAUAUCAUUAUGGUUAAUUCGUCGUGGACUGAGAAUCACAUUAAUUCUUUAUGGCGUCGUCCUAUGAUCACUUUCAAAGUUUAUCCACCGUGUGAUACCGAAGAAUUACAAAAGUUACCGCUGGAGAGACCUAUCGACGAUAAAAUCAAAAUCGUUUCCAUUUCGCAAUUUCGACCUGAGAAAAAUCACCAUCUGCAAAUGCAGACUAUGUAUAAACUACGUCAAUUCGUGUCCGAAGAAAUGUGGGAUAAAUUACAACUCGUCGUAGUUGGAUCUACCAGGAAUCAGGAAGAUGAUGCUUGGGUUCAAGAUUUGAAAGAUUUCGCUAAACAUCUUUCGAUCGAGGAUAAUGUUACGUUUAAAAUCAACGUUUCGUACGAACAAUUGAAAAAUGAGUUUCAAGAAGGUCUGAUUGGUAUUCAUACGAUGUGGAAUGAGCAUUUCGGUAUCGGAGUUGUCGAAUGUAUGGCUGCUGGAUUAAUAAUGGUUGCUCAUAAAUCUGGUGGACCUUUGUUGGACAUAAUUGAAGAAUCCGAUACAUCUAGGAAUGGAUUUCUGGCCGAAGACGAUACAGAAUAUGCUCAAGCCAUAGCUAUUAUUCUUCUGAUGUCUGAAAAUGUUCGGAAUAGAAUAAGAGAAGCUGCGAGAUCAUCUUCUAAUAGGUUUUCGAUCGAGGAAUUCAAAAUUAAUUUUUUAAGAGCUGUAGAACCGGUUUUUGGUAUCCAGGAUAAUGAUUAUAAGACGUAAUGUGUUUCAAAAUUUGAUUUUUUUUCUGUACAUGUAUUGUGCCUACUUCGUUCGAGCUUCGUGUAGGUUUAUAACCAAUUUUGAAUUUGUUUCCAAAGGCUGUGUUACUAAUUACGACGUUGAUCCCAAUUUGUCGAUGAUAUUUGUGAAUCAUGCUUGCUUUCGAUCUCAAAAACAAAGCGAAAUUAAUCACUGAUGAACUUUAAAAUCGAAUUUGAGUUGUGAAUCCGGGUCAUAAGUUCAAGCAGAUGAUGAAAUGAAUCAAUAAUUCGCCCUUUUGAUUUGAAACGUUCUUCUCUCAUUAGAAAAGUGGAAAAAACACUUUCAAAUGUUUGAAAUUACCUAUUUCGUGGAGAGCAACAAAUUGUCUUGAAAUUAGUUUCACUUUCGUAGCAAUGGUACGGCUAAUGAGAUAUUGAUUAUUUAAAUAAAAAUGAGAAAUCGAAGUUUCAUUGCAAUUUUCAACAAUUUUGAAUUGAUCAAAGAUCUGAAAUGUUAUGUAUUAUCUAUCAGGGGUUUUUUGUGACAAUUUUACAACACAUGCUAUUCUAUUCUUUGCCUACGACAUUUUGAACAAAAUGAUUGCAAAUGAAAUUGCACUAUGGUCAAGGGUGUACAAUUUUAUAAAGAUUGAGAAUUUUUUAAUUAGCUACAUAUUUUUGUCUUUCGAUUUUUUUUUUUUUUAAAUUAGAAAAACUAGAAAUGGAAAAAUUUUAACCCAACUCGCUCUCCAUUGAAACAUUUAAAAAAAAUUGUCGGUCCAAAAGUCCUAAUAUUUUGUCUUACAAGGAAACCUCUUAAGGUGUCCGCCUCCGAUUUGAACGAGACCGCGAUUUUUGGAAAGAGCAUGUUCUAAAACCCCCAAAUCCAAAUUUUCAGCUGCCCAAGUUCAUUUUUCGAUUUUUGGCGAAUUUUUGAAAAUCCAAAAUUGACUAUUUUGGUGAUUUAUGCUUUUUUUUCAAAAAGUACGUACUUGAUCAAUAAAAAUGUUCAAAGUAAGUCCUAAAACUGAUAUUAACCCCCCCCCCCAUUCAAAUUUCGCCAUUUCCAGCCAUUCUGGAGCCUCCAGCGCGAUUCUUCAAUUUCUCCAGAAUUUUCAAUUUGCUCCAGAAGGUGUGAAUAUGAAGUUAGGCAGCUAAAAAUCGAGUUGUAUGUUAUACUCGACCUGUUUAACGAAUUUAUCCACAUUUGAGCCGAUUCUGGAGCGGACACCUCGAGAGUGGUUUUUUGAUCAGCUUUUUUUCAAAAUAAAAAAAACUUAUUCAAAAAUCAAAAAUUUCCAGUUUGCGAGAAAGUUUUCAAAAUUUGCGCGAAUCGCUGUAUUUUGAACACAACAAACCCCCUGAGGCCGAAUUUUGCCAUUUCCAGCCAUUCUGGAGCCUCCAGCGCUACUUUGCAAUUUUUCCAGAAUUUUCAAUUUGCUCCAGAAGGCGUGAAUAUGAAGCUGGGCAGCUAAAAUUCGAGUUGUAUGUUAUACUCGACCUGUUCAACGAAUUAAUCCACAUUUUAGCCGAUUCUGGAGCAGACACCUCAAGAGUGGUUUUUUGACCAGCUUUUUUCAUAAUAAAAAUAUCCAAAAAUUAAAGGGAGGCCCAAGAAAGGCUGGAAAUGACGAAAUUCGCUCUCGUGUGGUUAAUUAUACUACUACUAAUUGAUGGCGAAAUACAGCGAUUCGCGCAAAUUUCAAAAAUUUUCUCACAAACGAGAAAUUUUUGAUAUUUUUAUUUUGCAAAAAAGCUAGUCAAAAAACCACUCUUGAGGUGUUCCCUCCAGAAUCGACUCAAAUGUUGAUAAACUCGUUAAACAGGUCGAGUAUAACGCACAACUCGAUUUUUAGCUUCUCAACUACAUCUUCACGCCUUCUGGAGCAAAUUGAAAAUUCUGGAAAAAUUGCAAAGUAGCGCUGGAGGCUCCAGAAUGGCUGGAAAUGGCAAAAUUCGGUCUCAGGGGGUUUGUUAAUGACAAAAUACUGCAAUUCGCGCAAAUUUCGAAAAUUUUCUCGCAAACGGGAAAUUUUUGAUUUUUGAAUAUUUUUAUUUUGAAAAAAAGCUGGUCAAAAAACCACUCUCGAGGUGUCCGCUCCAGAGUCGGCUCAAAUGUGGAUAAAUUCGUUAAACAGGUCGAGUAUAACAUACAACUCGAUUUUUAGCUGCCUAACUUCAUAUUCACGCCAUCUGGAGCAAAUUCAAAAUUCUGGAGAAAUUUAAAAAUUGCACUGGAGGCUCCAGAAUGGCUGGAAAUGGCGGAACUCGGCCUCAGGAGGUUUGUUGUGUUCAAAAUACAGCGAUUCGCGCAAAUUUCGAAAAAAUUUUUCGAAAACGGGGAAUUUUUGAUUUUUGAAUUUUUUUUAUCUAUUUUGAAAAAAAAACUGGUCAAAAAACCCCUCUCGAGGUGUCCGCUCCAGAGUCGGCUGAAAUGUGGAUAAAUUCGUUAAACAGGUCGAGUAUAACAUACAACUCGAUUUUUAGCUGCCCAACUUCAUAUUCACACCUUCUGGAGCAAAUUGAAAAUUCUGGAGAAAUUGAAAAAUCGCGCUGGAGGCUCCAGAAUGGCUGGAAAUGGCGAAAUUUGAAUUUGGGGGGUUAAUAUCAGUUUUAGGACUUAUUUUGAACAUUUUUAUUGAUCAAGUACGUACUUUUUUUUAAAAAAGCAUGAAUCGCCAAAAUAGUCAAUUUUGGAUUUUCAAAAAUUCGCCAAAAAUCGAAAAAUGAACUUGGGCAGCUGAAAAUUUGAUUUGGGGGUUUUAGAACAUGCUCUUUCCAAAAAUCGCGGUCCCGUUCAAAUCGGAGGCAGACACCUCAAGAGAUUCCCUUGUUAGCCGCCCUUCUUCUUUCAAGUUUGAAUUUGUUUCAUUUUGACAAAAAAAUUGGAAAUUUUGAUGUCACCAAAAAAAAAAGUUCUGAUUAAAAAUUGUUUUUGCCAUCUUAUUUUACGAGUAGUCGAGUACAUCAUGUUGCCCUGUUUUCUAUACACAUUGAAAGUCAUCUGUAUAAAUGGAAGUUGCAAUUCAUUUCAAACACACGUCCAGCUUGAUAAAGAUAGUUUAAUUUUGCCACGAAUACUCACGUGGAUGUACUUUGUACUUGUACAACUAAUAUGGUAUGUUCUUAUCAUCUGCGUGUUUCAUUUUAAAAUAAUAUUGUUUUUUUCUCGUAAGUUUGUACCAUUUUUAUAAUCUCAAUAAAUGCAAAUAUUUCAAAUAA